AUGCCACCCAAAACCGCAUAUAGGGAAUUCGACGACGCGUUCAAAGGCGAGUUACUUGGUGAGAUGGAGGCUUCUACAUCCACCGGCAAUCCAUGCAUGAGAUGCGGGAAGGACACGCACGGCCAUAUCAACGAAUGUACCGAGAAUUUUAAGCAAACUUGGAAGGGGAAUGGUAAGUUCAAAGCGGAAACCAAGAUGGACGUCGAAGAGAGUCUUUGGUGCGAAUCGGCUUUGCAAGGGCCAGUCGCAGGGGACACUGAGUGGGAUACGACAGUUUUCGACUGCCAACUUCUUGAUGGUCGUACCUAUAAAGGAGUUUAUGCGACAGUAAAGGAGAGCAACGUUCUGAGAGACAUCAAGAAGGUACUCGGCAAGGAACACAUCUCUGACAGUAACGACUACAUUCGAGCUUUAAAUGCCUAUGUAGCGCAGUGUGUCCGCAAUUACAACAAGGACUCUGCUGUGUCGAUUACGCAACUCGGCGCGAACAAGGUCGUCGCUACCGCUGGAUAUGUGGGACCACAAGAGCGCGGAGACGAUGAACUAGAAGCUGAACUCGAGCAUUGGUUUAGCCUUUGCCAGAAGGACGAUUGCACGGUCGUACUACUAUCGAAGAAGAACUUCGACAUCUACGCCAAGAUCAAGCGGGUCGGUGACUUCUUGGGUCACCAUACGAUCUGCGCUAUUGAGAACAAGAUCAAGGAUGGUAAGCCGAAUGAAAUCGGUGGAUUUUGUUGGCAGCAUUUCUCCAACAUGGCUCUCAAGGUCAACUUGAAGCUGGGCGGCGACAAUCACUGGCUUAACGACGACGACUUGAACGAGGUACUCGUAGGAGAACUCCGAAAUAACACCAUGAUAUUAGGAUCGGAUGUCACUCAUCCUGGCCAUGGCGCAAAAAUCGGUUAUCCUAGCAUCGCCUGCGUCGUGGGUACGGUCGACGCUAAAUUCAUGAGCUAUCGCGGUUCCAUGAGGCUCCAAGCCGGCGGUCAGGAGCAAAUCGACGAAGCCAACCUUUGCAGUAUGAUCAUGGAACGGCUCGAAACCUGGAAGUCAAACAACAAUGAGAGACUUCCAACAACGAUCUUGUUUUAUCGUGACGGUGUCUCUGAGUCACAGUUCGCCGCCGUAGAAAAACUCGAGAUCCCACAGAUUAAAGAAGCGUACAAGAAGGCUGGAGGGAAACCAGACCAGCUUAGGGUAUGCUUCCUUGUUGUCAGCAAGCGUCAUCACACACGCUUCUACGCUGCCGACAAGGAGGCCUCAUACAAGUCUAAGGGGAAGAUUAACGGCAACGUCAAAGCCGGGCUUCUUGUGGAUGAUAUCGUCACAGCACCCAAACCCACCAACUUCUUCUUGCAAUCCCACUGCGCGAUCAAGGGUACCGCACGUUCAGCUCAUUACUAUGUGCUCCGCAACGAUACCAACAUCAGCGAAGCGAAUCUAAAGCAGUUGACGAUGAUGCUCUGCUACACCUUCGGACGAUCUACUACCGGGGUCUCGUACGCGACGCCCGCAUAUGUAGCCGAUAGACUAUGCGACCGGGGCAGAUCCUACAUACGUCUCUGGGCAGAGAACGAAUACGCAAAACCUGUCUUUACGUACAAGAAGUACUAUGGUGCCGAUGGAACCGAACGAAAGGCCACCGACAAGGAGAUCUUGGACGAGAAGAACGCGAUGGUCAAGAAGUUCUUGCAUUCCCCCGUGUGGGGUGAUAACUACGAAGAUGACCCAAACAUGCCACAGAGGCUAAACCCAUGGCACCCGAACCUUGACGAUGGUAUGUUCUGGAUGUGA